AGUGCAGGUACAACCCUCAUCGCACUGUGUGGCAGGGAAUGUUUGACAAGGAACUGAAGACUAAAUUUCCAGUUACUUGGAAAUUAGAACACCUAGACGUGCAAGGCCCCACACCUUAGAUUGGGCUCAUCAUCAUGGUAUUAACCAGUAAUCAUGUCUGGCUCAGAACAAAAACCUGAGAAGAAGCAAGUUCGGGUGUGGUGCGAUGGCUGCUACGACAUGGUGCACUUUGGUCACGCCAACUCGUUACGUCAGGCCAAAGCCAUGGGCGACUACCUGAUGGUGGGGGUGCACAGUGACGCCGAGGUCACCGAGCACAAGGGGCCGCCCGUUUUCACCGAGGAGGAACGGUACAAAAUGGUGCGCGCCAUCAAAUGGGUCGACGAGGUAGUGGAAGCCGCUCCUUAUGUUACAACACUGGAGACACUGGACAAGUACGGGUGUGACUUCUGCGUACACGGAGAUGACAUUACGAUGACGGCCGAGGGAGUCGAUACCUACCAUAUCGUCAAGGCGGCCAACCGAUACAAGGAGUGUCAGCGCACGCGGGGUGUCUCCACCACCGACCUGGUCGGGCGGAUGCUGCUCAUGACCCGGACCCACUUCAAGACUGGUAAGGACGAGUACUCUGUUGACCUGCCGCCGGAGCCGUCCCUGGAGCACGGCGCCACGGCACACAGUCCGUGGACGGGCGUCACUCAGUUCCUGCCCACCACGCGGCAGCUGAUCCAGUUCUCAUCCGGACGGGCGCCCAAGCCCGGUGACCGUGUGGUGUACGUGGCCGGCGCGUUUGACCUGUUCCACGUCGGUCACCUGGACUUUCUGGAGAAGGCGGCUGCCGAGGGCGACUUUCUGAUCGUUGGACUCCACACGGACCCCAUUGUGAACCGGUGAGAACUGCUGUCGCCACGCUCCGUGGACUGCUG